AAAGUGGUUUGUUUGUUUACCGGUAGGGUCCAACUUGGACAUCGAAAGCUCUGACGAAGUUCCAAGAGUCUACGCGUACUAGUAGCAUUGCAAGAUUGCAAGAGCCCACGCUUGGCAAUUGGCAACCUUCAACACAUACAUUAAAUUUUCUUUUAACGAAUCCUUCUUGGCUUCAAUCAUCCAUUCGAGAUGGGUGUCCUUCAGAUAUCCUUGAAUCUUUUGUCGUUUUCCCUGUCCCUCCUUCUGCUUGUUGACCACCAUGACAUUGUGAUCAACGGAGAAGUGAUUGCUGGAUACAAGCCAGCUUAUCAAGUGACGGACCAUGCGGCCCUCGACCUGGAUCAGCAACUGAUGACAUGGUUGUUGGAGGCGCAAAACCUCACACAAGCCUCUUUGGUCUACCAAAAGGGAGCUCACUCCAAGUCGUAUGCUGCCAUCACACUGCAGCAGACGACUGGCAAAAUCAACAAGAACACUGCCUUUGUGGGGACCAGCAUUGGCGGAGAACCCGUCACGCUCUACGCCUAUUCAGAUUUUGAAGCUGGAGCAACUGAAUUGAAACUGCGUUACGCUACCAGUGAUAUCCAAUCCGAGUACUCCUUUUGCCAGGUGGGCAAAAACCCGGAACCGGUCCUGCAUGGGUGUCUGACGGCCUUGGGGACUGUUAGUUUGGAGGGUAUCCAGAGUGCAGCUCUACCUUAUACCUACAACCCUGAAACUGAUAAUAAGAAUGGUCGUACAUUGGCCGGGUUCAGCACAGGCGCAGAAAAGAAAAUGGGUAAAUGUGGACCUCAAUGUCCCUACGUGGAUUAUGCAAAGUACCUCAACUACUUUGGAGAGUUUGAUUAUGGGAAUCAAUGGAUCAUGGCAGCCUUUGAAAAACGGGAAACGAAGUUUUCAAUGGGCAAUGUGGACUUUCGUCCAUAUUCCCAGCCAGCACUGCACAAGGCCAUUCAAGUGGCUACUCUCAAUAUGAAUGUAUGGAUGUACGUGAUACGGGAAUUUGAAGAUGCUCUGGAUGAUUGCAACAAGGGAUGUGCUUCGGAUCAAUGCAAUGCUGAUAAAGUUAAUGCUUGGGACGAAGGCAUCGCCUUCUACACGGGAUCUCUAGAAGGUGAUGAUGGUUUGGGUGAUGGAGUGUUGGCGUAUGCCUUGGCGGACGAUCUCUGUAAAGACUUCAAGACAUGUGGCGCUAGCGGUGAUGUCACGACGGGGCUAUCCUAUGUGAACCAAGAAGUUUUCUCCCUAUCAGAUUCCGCCGUAGAACUUUUAAUGGCGGAAAAGUGUGCUGAGACACGUUUCUACGUCCAAGAGAUUGUGGGUCUCAUUACGGUACCUCUGGUUCAAGGCUUGUUGCGGGCAACCUAUCAGAGCAUGUAUGCAGAGGACGAGGAAUCCAGGGAUAUGGCCAAGGGUGAAGCAGCCGCCUUUGCGGCAUCCGUAGUUCCCAUUCUUCACAAUUGCAGCGAGAGUGACGCUGCUAUGGUCCAGGAACAGUUGGCUUACACCUCGGAUCAGCGAGACUACGUCGCUAUCAAGCAAGCUCUGGAGCGUCAUUAUGAGUGCAUGGGUAUCACCUGCACGCAAGUUGGUGGCCUCUGGGAUCCCAACAUCAAUGAGUACCGAAAGGAUGCGGCUGCUUGCGUUACCCUCGACGAGGAAACUAGCAGUACCAGUUGGCAAUGGGCGGCUUUGGGCGUUGGAGUGGGCAGUGCAGCCAUGAUUUUGCUGCUUGCAGUCUUGCUGAUGCGAGAAGAACAAAAAAGUUUGAGACUAAGCAGAAAGUAGAUCGCCUAUUUAAGAAUACAAUGAUCCUUCAUUGAAUAAAACACAACAGCGCAUUACGACCCAAUGUGCUAAACCUUUGCGAGAAGGCUCAAAAGAUGAACCUGAUAGAUCCGGCUGCAAUCAUAAUAGUAUCUCCGGAUCGAAUCAUUCAAGCCAGCACCUUUCGAGGUCAGCACCACGCUUCCGAGUGACAGUCUGGGGGACAAGGGAAUCGAAGCGCCCUUCGAGACAGCUCAGGUGCAGACGGCCAAGCAAAUCAGAAAGGGUGCUCGACCAAGGCAGCAAGCCAGGGCACACCGUAUGUAUGCAUGUAAUGGAGCCUCUCAAUCUGUUCGAGACGUUCUUAUCGACCAAGGAAGAUCCGCUCCCGGAAAGCUUGCUGGAGUUGGUGACCUCUUUGCUUGUACGAUAUUAGUGCUACAAGUUGGCUAUAGAUACCACCAGUACAUGCCGCGUUGUUGUAGUUGCCGGCGGCCGGUUGGUACCGGUACCACACCUUGCGAGAGGACAAGUAGCAGCACCAGUCCACUAACCAGUUCCGUUUGCUUUCACAUUUUCUACAGCAACCAAGGCCACAUCUUGAUGAACAAAAACUGCAACGGGCAGGAGGCUCCAAGAUCUUGGAUUUGCUCAGGCCUCUGAUUUGCCCAGUGCAAUUGGAAUCUUCACAAUUGGAGCAUCCAGUCCGAGUGAUACUCCGUAGUCCGUAGGCCCAAACUACAGCAUCCAGCUGCAUCCUCCGAAAGCAAACGACGAUCAGCCAAUGUACUCGGUAAUUCAAUGACCAGUACAUGUACUCGUACACAAUGUCAUGUACAUGAAGUUGCUGUUUCGUUCAUCCCACACAAUUGCCUUGGUCAAACGUCAACCAGUGGUCGAUGGUCACCUUGUUGUAGAUUUCACUGGUCAUGUAAAUUACUCUUCUACUCAAGCGAAAAUGAAUACGAACGUCGUUUUCCGUUCUGGCUUCUUUGGAGUCGAGUCAAGUCUUCUUGGCUGGCCCGCUGGCACCGCUGUGUGCUGUGUGCUGGUGUACACUAAGAACAGCAUCAGUUCGUUGGGGACUGCGUCAGCUAUUAAUACCAGGUACAGUUCAAAAAUGAGAUUUAACAACCAUGAGAGCUCCAGAACUUCCCCUUCCCACAAUUUUAAUACAUGUACUAAAGUAUGUAUCUCCUCUACUACCGUAGCUACUCUUAAACUCGGAGUAUAAUAGUAGAGUAGGUAAGCUAUUACUAGUAGGUACUAGUAUUAAGUAUUAAUACAGGACUUGGUAUGCAUACCGGUACUCGAGUACUAGUAGUACAUUGUACUAUGUACUGAGUAGUGAGUAUCACAGUACCGAAUUUGGUACCAGUUCAAUACUCCUACAGUAAAGGUCAUAAUGUCGUAAUACGAUGCACCGAUGCACCAGUAACAUUGGUACUCUGGACUCUGGAGU